AUGAAUCGUUUAGGGUUUAAAACGUUGGUGUACCAUGGUGAUGUGUAUUUGGGAGAGCUGGAUACUGUUCCAGUGAAGGAUGGGAAUUUUCAGUUCCCGAACAAUGAGAUACGUAUCCAUACAAUCUCCCCCAAAAGUGAGAGAUGUCACCCUCUCUCGGUUCUACAAACAAUUUCUUCUGCUUCAGUUCGUUGCAAGCUCGAGCCCAAUUCUAAUACAAAUACCAAUCCGAAUCCUGAGCAUUUGAUCAAUCUCCACGCGUCUUGCUUCUACGAACUCAAGACUGCAGUGGUGUUACUAGGGAAUGAGGAGGUUCAUUUAGUGGCAAUGCCUAGUAAGCAGAAGAAAUUCCCAUGUUUUUGGUGCUACUCAGUGCCAAGUGGUUUGUAUAGUGCAUGCUUAUGGAUGUUAAAUACACGCUGUUUAGCGAUUGUGUUUGAUCUUGAUGAAACUCUCAUUGUUGCCAAUACAAUGAAAUCAUUUGAAGAUAGAAUUGAGUCUCUGCGGGAUUGGAUUGAACGUGAGACUGAUCCGGUUCGGGAAUCUGGAAUGGUAGCUCAAAUGAAGAGAUUCAUUGAAGAUCGGCUAUUACUGAAGCAGUAUGCAGAGACUGAUUGUGUUGUGGAUGGUGGGAAAGUGUAUAAUGUUCAGCAAGAGGAGGUGCCUCAGCUCUCUGAAGGGCACGAGCGGGUAUUUCGGCCUGUCAUAAGAUUGCCAGAACAAAAUGCUGUUCUUACUCGCAUUAAUCCCGAGAAUCGUGAUACUAGUGUGUUAGUCAGGUUACGACCUGCUUGGGAAGAUUUGAGAAGUUAUUUGACUGCAAAAGGUCGGAAAAGGUUUGAAGUUUAUGUUUGUACAAUGGCUGAAAGGGAUUAUGCACUGGAAAUGUGGAGGCUGCUUGAUCCAGAAGCACGCUUAAUUAGUUCAAAGCAACUACUGGACCGUGUUGUUUGUGUCAAAUCAGGGGCAAGAAAAUCUUUACUCAAUGUCUUCCAAGGUGGAAAUUGUCAUCCUAAAAUGGCAAUGGUAAUUGAUGAUCGUUUGAAGGUGUGGGAAGAGAAGGAUCAGCCUCGUGUUCAUGUCGUACCUGCAUUUACUCCAUAUUUUUCUCCUCAGGCAGAGACUGCAAUUGCUGUUCCAGUCCUUUGUGUGGCAAGAAAUGUUGCAUGCAACGUCAGGGGCGGUUUUUUCAAAGAGUUUGAUGAAAAUCUACUUCGGAGAAUAUGUGAUGUUUUCUAUGAAGACGAGGUUGUGAAUUUGCCUUCACCACCAGAUGUGAGCAACUACUUGAUGCCAGAGGAGUCUAGUUUUUUACCGAAUGGAAAUCUGAACGUUCCAAUUAUUGAGGGAAUGAAUGGCCCUGAAGUUGCCCAGAGAUUGAACUACAUGGAGGAGAAGAAUGAUUCGAAUGCUGUUUCUCAUCCCGUAACUAAUAAUGAAGAGAUGAAAUCUGAAAGUGCUAAGCUUCCUGUAGUAUCCGUUGCAAGUGUUAUUGUUCCACCAUCUUCAAAAACAGUAUUACUUUCUGAAAAACCUAGUUUGCUUGGAGAUCCAUUUAGAAGAGAAAACAGGCAUCUAAGUUCGACGGAACCUUCUCUAUUUACUAGAUUGCCUCGACAGCAACCUGCACCAUUAUUACAACCACAGGGUGGCUGGUUAGAAGAAGACACAAAUAGAGAACAUUUCAAUCGAUCAGCAGGAAAUCUUUCAGAAUCUGAUCCAUCGGAUAAACAGCGAGGUCGUCAGAAUUCAUUUACUCAUGGUACACCGCCUUCUAAUCUGUCAGGAGUGUUUUCACACAUGCCCCAAGUGAAGAAGGAAGAGGUUAACUCAGGGCAUGAUGCACAGAAACAGAAUCCUCCACUGGCAAAUCAGUUUGCAGAGUUUGGUGUUUCUCAAAAUCAAGUCUCCUCCAAUAAUAGAGAGCUUAAACCUGAAAGUGAAAAAAUGAAUGUGUUGCCUUCGUUGUCUAUUGGUGUGCUGCAGGAGAUUGGAAAAAGAUGCAGAUCAAAGGUUGAAUUUAAGCCGGUGGCAAGCACCAGUAAUGAUUUGCAGUUCUCAGUAGAGGUUUUCUUUACUGGUGAAAAAAUCAGUGUUGGGAUGGGCAGGACGAGGAAGGAUGCCCAGCAACAGGCUGCUGAGAAUGCCCUUCGUGGCUUAGCUGAUAAGUACAUAUCUUACGUUGCACUUCAUUCUAGAGCUGUGGAUAAUGAUUUGGAUAGACUCGCUGUACAGAGAGAAAAUGGGUUUCUCUGGGACAGUGUCAAUCCUGUGCCAGAUGAACGGCCAGAGAAUAAUGGAUUUCCAAAUCAAAAUCCUACGGAGAUAGCUGAGAGUGGACCUAGUACUGCAUCCUCCAAUGGUAUGAAUCAUCUUGGGCAAAAUCAUCCCGACUCGCCCCGGUGA